UAAGCUUUAGUUUCAAAGUCAUAAAUUAGUCUCCUUUUUUCCCUUCUCUAUUUCACAUUCUUGUAUCAGAAAAAUUAGAUUUCUUCUUUCAUCUCUCUCUAGCUUACUCGAAAGAACCAAUUUUCAAUUUGUUGAAGAAUAGGGUUCUUUUAUGGAUCUCUCUGCAAACCAGGUUUGAUGUGAUGGUUUUUCUUUUUAAAAAAGUUUGUUACCUGAAAAUUAGCCGCUGCUAUUUCGGAUAAUUGAAAUGAUGGCGGUAAAUUUUUUCUUUGUUUGUGGCGCCAAACAAAUUUUUAGUUUAAGUGAAAAGCUUAUGUGUCUAAAUAGAUUAUUGCUUCUCUUUGACAUUUACCCUUAUUUUUCACUGUUGCAUAUGGAAUAAAAAAAACAUGAGUGAUUCACAAUCAAAUUUAGCUACUCCUAAUACAAAGAGACGACUAAAAAUAGAGGAACGUCAAGCAAUUGCGGAAUGGCUUUUAAAAGCAAAAAUGGAGGUGCUACUUAUGGCUCUAUAAAGCAAGCAACUAUUCUGUUCCACGCUUCAAAGAGUACUGUGCGACGAAUUUGGAAUCAAAAAAAAUUGUGUUGCUAACGGCACUACAUUAGAUGUGUCUACUAAUCUUGCAGGAAGAGUUGGAAGAAAGCGAGUUCACUUUGACCUUAAUCUGGUCAAGGAAGCUCUUCUUUGUCGCCGAACAAAUAUUCCAUCUUUGGCUUGUGUUGUGGAUAUGGCAACAACAACGGUCUUUCGGCGUAUCAAAGAAGGAGUCAUCAGGUCACAUACCAAUGCCAUAAAACCUUAUUUGACGGAGGAAAACAAAAGGGCAAGGCUUCAAUUUUGCUUGUCAAUGAUCGAGUCCGUUGCACGCCCUAGGUAUGAUGAAGAUGGAGUUGAAUAUUUUUCGGGGAAAAUAGGAAUUUUCCCUUUUGUUAUCAAGGAGCCAGCAAGAAGAAAUAGCAAAAAUCGAGUUGUUGGAACUUUGGAAACGAAACCUAUUUUAUCUGUCACUAAAGAUGUGACUAGAACUUGUUUAAUUGAAAAGGUUCUUCCUGCCAUUCGAUCAAAGUGGCCACUUUCACGGUCAAAUGGCCCUAUUUUUAUCCAACAAGAUAAUGCAAGACCUCACCUAGGUGUUAAUGACGUGGAAUUUAAUGAGGCUACUCGACAAGGUGGAUUCGAUAUUAGGCUAUGCUUUCAACCUCCUAAUAGUCCGGAUCUAAAUGUUUUGGACCUCUGAUUUUCUAGAGCUAUUCAAUCACUUCAGCAUCAAAGGGCUCCUUCAACGCAUCAAAGGGCUCCUUCAACUAUUGAUGAGUUAAUAAAUGCCGUUGAGAGUUCUUUUAAUGAGAUGAAAGUUGAUCGAUUAAAUCACGUGUUUCUAACUCUACAGUCUUGUAUGGUUGAAGUGACGAAGGACAAAGGAGGGAACAACUACAAGGUGCCACAUAUGAAAAAGGACACACUAGAACGAGAGGGAAAUCUUCCUGUUCGAGUUAGUUGUAACAUUGACAUUGUUAAUCAAGCUAUAUCUCUGAUUCAAAGUUGAUAUGCAUAUCGUCAAGGUUAUCUACAACUUGGGAAGUUUGUUCGUGUUUUGUGGUUUUGCCCAUCAUGUAGCUUUGUGUAACUUCUGUUUUUGUACAGAUUUGCUUAUUUAAAAAGCAGCAGUCAACAUUAAGCCUGUAAUAUUUGUAUAACCUCUCUCCUUGUAAUGGCUCAUGUAUUUAAAGAAAUUAUACAUAUUAAGUUAAAGUG